AUGGUUUACUUGUAGUUUUUGAGUGCUAUAAUUGCAAUUUAAAUGCUUGUCUUGAAUGUGCUGUUACUGAAACAGGAUUAGCCUGUAUACUAUGCUUAGAUAAUUUUACAGCAAAGAAUGGAUAAUGUUAAUUAAAAGUGGUUCAAAGCAAUUAUGAACAAUAAUUAUCAUUUUUCAUUAAAAAUAAGUGCUUAGCUCCUUAUUAUAUAACAUCAACUAAAGGAUGCAAACUAUGUCCAAUUAAGAAUUGUAGAUAUUGUUUUGAGUACAAGAAGAAUGAUUUAAACAAAUGUACAUUGUAUGAUAAUUUUGAAACUUUUUAAGAGGAUGAGUUUCUUUCUGUAGGAUGUUCACUAUGCGAAGAUAAUUUUAUAUUUGAUUUUACUGUUGGAUUAUGUCUUCAUCAAAAACCAAAUUUACAAUUUUGCUUGAGAUCUUUUAUCAAUUUAGAUGGGACAGAGAUUUGCACACUAUCUUCUGUUGAUGAUUUUAGGGUUGCAUCAGAAAUUAUUAACUGUGAGAAAUUAAUAAUUAAUUGUUUGUAAUGUGUAUUAAUAUCAUCACUAUAAAUUAAAUGUGUAAUUUGUGCAUAAGGUUAUACAAGUUCAGUAACAACUGGUUAAUGCUACACAACUCCAUAUAAUAAUUCAAAAAUAAGUAUUGAAGGAGAUGGAUUAUAAAUGAAUGGUUGGAUCUAAUUAAUAUAAAGUUUUCUUAUGAGUUUUUUGCCGAAUUCAUAUCACUAUCCAACGCCAUAUUCCUAUUUAAUAACACCUCUUCCUAUAGUUUGUAUGGAUGGAUAUCAAAUUAGUUAAUAUAAUACUUGUGAGAGUUAUUGUUCAUCAGACUGUUUAGAUUGCGAAGGAACUAAUGAUAUAAAUUUUAAAUUUCAAUGCAAAAAAUGCUCUUUAGAUUAUUAUCGCUUACCUUUAAGAUCUAAAUAUUAAAAUCAAUGUUUAAAAUGUUCACCUCUAUGUGCAAUUUGUCAACCUAGAGAUAUAUCAGAGAUAAAUGUAAUAUAUUUCUUAAUUUCUAUAGCAAUUAAAUAAGCAUUUUAUUAUCACUGAUUCUAACCUUUUAUAUACUUAUAAAUGUUUAUAUCCAGCNGAACAUUGCUAAUUUUCAUAAUUAUAAAACGAAUAAGCUCUUUAUAACAAUUACAUUACAAAUUUAAAUAGGUAGUAAAGAUUUUGUUAGAAAAAUGAAAUUUUUUAUGGUUUACUUGUAGUUUUUGAGUGCUAUAAUUGCAAUUUAAAUGCUUGUCUUGAAUGUGCUGUUACUGAAACAGGAUUAGCCUGUAUACUAUGCUUAGAUAAUUUUACAGCAAAGAAUGGAUAAUGUUAAUUAAAAGUGGUUCAAAGCAAUUAUGAACAAUAAUUAUCAUUUUUCAUUAAAAAUAAGUGCUUAGCUCCUUAUUAUAUAACAUCAACUAAAGGAUGCAAACUAUGUCCAAUUAAGAAUUGUAGAUAUUGUUUUGAGUACAAGAAGAAUGAUUUAAACAAAUGUACAUUGUAUGAUAAUUUUGAAACUUUUUAAGAGGAUGAGUUUCUUUCUGUAGGAUGUUCACUAUGCGAAGAUAAUUUUAUAUUUGAUUUUACUGUUGGAUUAUGUCUUCAUCAAAAACCAAAUUUACAAUUUUGCUUGAGAUCUUUUAUCAAUUUAGAUGGGACAGAGAUUUGCACACUAUCUUCUGUUGAUGAUUUUAGGGUUGCAUCAGAAAUUAUUAACUGUGAGAAAUUAAUAAUUAAUUGUUUGUAAUGUGUAUUAAUAUCAUCACUAUAAAUUAAAUGUGUAAUUUGUGCAUAAGGUUAUACAAGUUCAGUAACAACUGGUUAAUGCUACACAACUCCAUAUAAUAAUUCAAAAAUAAGUAUUGAAGGAGAUGGAUUAUAAAUGAAUGGUUGGAUCUAAUUAAUAUAAAGUUUUCUUAUGAGUUUUUUGCCGAAUUCAUAUCACUAUCCAACGCCAUAUUCCUAUUUAAUAACACCUCUUCCUAUAGUUUGUAUGGAUGGAUAUCAAAUUAGUUAAUAUAAUACUUGUGAGAGUUAUUGUUCAUCAGACUGUUUAGAUUGCGAAGGAACUAAUGAUAUAAAUUUUAAAUUUCAAUGCAAAAAAUGCUCUUUAGAUUAUUAUCGCUUACCUUUAAGAUCUAAAUAUUAAAAUCAAUGUUUAAAAUGUUCACCUCUAUGUGCAAUUUGUCAACCUAGAGAUAUAUCAGAGAUAAAUGUAAUAUAUUUCUUAAUUUCUAUAGCAAUUAAAUAAGCAUUUUAUUAUCACUGAUUCUAACCUUUUAUAUACUUAUAAAUGUUUAUAUCCAGCACCGGAUCCAAAUAUAAUCAUUAGACAACCAUAAUUGACUCCCUAAUAUUGUUUUUCUUAAAAUUGUACAGAAUUCUUUCAGUAUGAAGUAUGAUAUUCAAUAUUUUUAGUUUGAAAUUAAUUAUAAGACUGUUUAAGAACACUUAACAACAGUAUUACCAUAAUUCUUUUAUGAAAAUGAUAUAAACACAGAUUAUUUAAACCAAAUUGGAAUUAGAAUAAUGAGAAUCAUGUUUCUAUAUUUAUUGCCUUUAGAUGAAUAAUAAAAUAUACAAGAUUAUGAAAUGAUUAAAAUAGAGAGCAAAUUAAAACAGAAAAUAUUUUCAUUAUCAUAAGUUAGAUUUAAUAUCAGAAAAGCAGAUAUAUUAAAUAAUAUAUUUAAUUUUUCUUUAAUAAUAAAUGGUUUUGAUGUAAUUGAGAUUCAAAAUAUGAUAUUUUCAAUUAAUAAAAAUUUCUACUUUAAAUUUGAAAAUGAUGAAUCGAUAAAUUUAAAUAUUGAAGACACUUAUUUUUUAGGAUCUUAAGAUAAUUAAUAAAUAAUAUCAUUUCUUACAUUUGCAAAAGAUUUUAAUAAUUUGAGAUUAAUAAAUCUGAACUUUAAUAAUCUUUGGAUAAAUGAUUCUAUUAUUUGGGAAGUUUCUUUUAGUUAAUUAGGAGGCAAGAUAGAAAUAUCUAACAUACAUUUCAUAAAUUGUACAUUUAUAAAUUCAUCAAUAUUUCAUUUUUUUGGAAACAUAAGUGAAAUUCAAAUAAAAGAUAUAACUUUUUUUUAAUGUACAUUUUUAAGGUCCUCUGCUUUUAAUUUCUUAGUUGAAUAUUAAACCAAUUUUAACCUUUAGAUUCUUUAACUUAAUGUUCAAGAAUGUAUAUUUACAUAGUCGAAUCUAAUUAAUAAUUAUUAAACACAACUGCUUUAUAUGAAAGAAAUAUCAAUUAUCUAAAGUAAUUUUACUAUUUCUAAUAUCAUUAUUUCCAACUCUUAAUUUAUAAUGAUUGAAUCAUAUUUCAAAUUUAAUCUAUUGUCUAAUUCAUUUUUAUUUAAAGCAUAAUAAAUUACAUAAGAAAAUGAAUUAGAAAUAAUAUUUCUCAGCAAUUAAUUUAUUAAUAAUUAAUUUAAAAAUUCAUCAAUAGCAGAUAUAUCUUCUUAUAUCUAAAGUAACUCUUUUUCAAUUUAUUUUAAUAAUACUUAUUUGAUAAAAAAUAUUAAUACUAAUUAUUCAAAGUUAGAGAGUUUUUUAUUUAAUAUUCAUAGUCAAAGUCUUAGAAUAUUUGAUUUAAAAAUUAUUGAUUGUUUUAAUUUGCAACUUUUUAAUUUAUAUUACAUCAAUAAAAUAUUUUUUGAUGACAUUUAACUAAUUAAUUCGAUUCAGAUUAAUAAAAUACCAUUAAAUAUAGAGUGUAUGAAUUCUUAAUAACUUAAUAAAAUGUUUUUAAAAAUUUAAAGAUUUUAAUUAUUGAAUUUAAUGAAUAUUUUUGUUCAAAACUACUUUUUUGUUGAUCAAACUUUAAUUUAUAUAACAUCAGAAACUUAAAAUUUUUAAGAUUUUUAAGAAUAGCUCUAUUUCUAUAAUUUGACAUUCACACAAAAUGUAUUGCUUAAAAGUAAUGCUGGAAAUAUUUAUACAUUUUUAACAAUAUCUUCAAAACAUAAACAAAACAUUACGAUACAUGAUAUCAAUUUUACUGAAAACAUAUUUCACUAAUACACUAAUGAUUUGUCCUAAUCAUCAAGUGGUUUAACUGUUAUUGAUUCAUAUUUGAGUAAAGUGGAAAUUUUAAAUUUCUAUUGUUUUUAGAACAUUUUAAUAAACACUUCAAACUCUUUUUAAUUUAUUAAUUCAAAUGUUACAUUAAUAGAUAACUUUAUUGUCUCAAAUCUUAAUAUUUUAUCUAAUUAUCUACUAGAAAAAUAUUAUAACAUUUAAUUUUAGUAUUAAAUAAAAGAACAAUUUAUAAAAUUAGCUAGUCAUUAAUUUCUAACAUUAUUAAAUAAAGUUGGAGUGCUUAAAUUAACAACUUCUAUGUUUAUAUUAAAUAAUGGCAAAUUUGAUAAUAUAUUAUCUUAAGAUUGUGCCUUAUUUGAAAUUACUACCAAAGAUUAAGGCAUUAUAUCCAUAUAAAAUAUCAUUUUAUCUAAUAUUGAAGCGGAUGUAAGAUAAGAUUUAGGAAUUCAUGGCUGUAUAACUAUAUUAGCUUAAAAUAGUCUUUUAAAAUAUUAAUUAUUAAAUGCUAGUUUUAUUAAUGUGUUCAAUAAAUUUGGUUCAUCAAUUUUUACUAUUUUCCCUUCAAAUAAAUAUAAUAAGAUUUAAUUAAAAAACAUACUUUUCUAUAAUUGCUUAUCAUUUUUGAACUAGAUAAUUAAACUUGAAUUUGAUAAGUUGAAAAAAGAGUAAAACUUUGUUUCACUACAUAAUAUAACAAUAAUUUAGAGUAUUAAUGCAUGGAUAGACUUCUUUUCAAAUAUUGGGCCAUUGAGUUAUUAAGAGGUGAGUAAACUUUCAAGUGACAAUGCAAUUAUUUAUUUAGUUAAUUGCCAUAUAACAAUUUUCAAAUUUUAAAUUGAAGGAUCAAUAAUUUCUUCAGUUUUUAAAAUUUUAGAUUGCUAUAAUGUUCGAUUCUAAUAAUUUAAUUUUUACAAUGUCUCCAUACUUUUUCCUUUUGAUUUAAUAUAUAUUGGAUAAGUUAUUUCAGAAUAUAUAACUGUAGCAUUAUCAUAAAUCAAUAUUCAAUCUAUUUCUUUUUCUUAAAAUAUAAAAGAUAUAGAACUAAAAAAAACAUUAUUGUUCAUUAAAAAUAGCAAUUUAUAUUGUAAUCCAAUAUUUUCAGUAGAGAUUUAAUAUUAGAUUUUUAAUUUAUAAAAUAUAAUCGAAUAAAUAAUUGAAAACAAUAUACCUGUAGAUUCUUUAAUUAGUUUCUUUAGUUUUACAAAUUAUUCAAAAUUUGAAUUAUAAACUAUUACCAUAUCAAAUAAUGAUUGUUUAAAUUGUGAACAUGGAAUAAUAAAUUUUAAUAUUAGAAAUUUUAAAUAAAUAAAAAUAACUAACCUACUAUGUUAUUCAAAUAAAAUUACAAAUAAAGGUUGUAUGAUUUUACGUUCAAAUUCUACUUAAUCAAAUUUAGCAAUUAUCAAGAAUUCUUAAUUUAUUAAUAAUUUUGGUAGUUAAGGAUCAGGAAUUAUUUCAUAUAAUAUAAAUUUGAUAAUAUCAAAAUGUAUUUUUCUAAACAAUUAUGCUUCUUCAUUAGGAGGAGCAAUUUAUUUUGAGUCAAGUAAAAAUUAAUUAAAAUUGAUUGAAACUACAAUCAUGGAAAAUUCAGCCUAAGUUGCAGGUGGAAUCUAUUUUUAUGGAGAUAAUAAUUUAAAUGAAAAGAAUUUUAUUAAGUCUAUUUUAUUAUUAAAUAAAGCCUAUGAAUAUAGCAAUAAUUUAGUUGAAGUACCAAAUCAUUUAGGAUUGUCACUUAACAAUAAAGAAAUGAAUUUUUAUUAAACUAAAGAAAUAGAAUUGAUUACGAAUUAUCUUUUACUAAAUGAAUACAUAACAAUUUAAUAAGGUAAAAAAUUGAAAACUAAAUAUUUAUUGAUACCAAGCAAUUAAAAAAUUGGAAAUUAUUGUCUGUACAAUCCAUUAAAAUUAGAUUGCUAUGAAUAAAUUAAUGAAAUUUCUAUUUCUCUUAGGAAUUAGAUGAAUGAAUUAUUAACUAAUGUUAGUGAUUCAAUUUGUGAAAUAAGCUAAACAAUUUUAUCCAAAGAUGGGUUAAUAAUAAAAGAAUAAUAAUUUUUAUCAAAAUUGUCUUUUGAUAAUCAAAAAAAAAUUAUUAUUUUAAAAAUUAAUCAAACUUGUAAUGUAACAUAUGUCCAAAAGAAUUUAUUAAUUUAAUACCCUUUAUAUUUGUUUCUUUAUGGUAAAAGAAUUCUGUAUAAUUUAUCUAGGUCUCUAUUAUCGAUUUUAUUAUCAGUAAGAAGCAUUGAAAGAACAAAUUAAUUAUAUUCCUCAUUGA